CACAGGCUUAAUACCUCAUCAAGGUCAGUGCUAGCUUCUCAAAGGAGAGUCGGUUCGGAAAAUCUCUGAAACGUUCCAAACAUGGUGAAGCUUGCAUUCGGUAGCUUCGGCGACUCCUUCAGCGUUGGAUCGUUGAAGUCCUAUCUAGCAGAGUUCAUCGCAACCCUUCUUUUUGUCUUCGCCGGUGUAGGGUCCGCAAUCGCUUACAAUAAGUUGACGACAGAUGCUGCGUUGGACCCCGCCGGGCUGGUCGCCGUCGCAGUGGCACAUGCGUUCGCCUUGUUCGUGGGAGUCUCCAUUGCAGCCAACAUCUCCGGCGGGCACUUGAAUCCAGCUGUCACCCUUGGAUUGGCUAUUGGAGGCAACAUCACCAUCCUUACUGGCAUCUUCUACUGGAUCGCUCAGCUGGUGGGGUCUAUUAUUGCCUGCUUCCUGUUGAAAUUCGUCACCAAUGGCAAGUCAAUCCCAACUCACGGCGUUGCGGCGGGCGUGUCGGAAUUGGAAGGGGUAGUGAUGGAAAUCAUCAUAACCUUCGCUCUCGUCUAUACCGUCUACGCCACAGCAGCUGACCCCAAGAAGGGGUCUCUCGGAACUAUUGCCCCCAUCGCAAUCGGGUUCAUUGUCGGGGCCAACAUCCUCGCUGCCGGUCCAUUCAGCGGCGGUUCGAUGAACCCGGCCCGAUCCUUCGGUCCGGCGGUCGCUAGUGGAAACUUCUCUGGCAACUGGGUAUACUGGGUGGGCCCACUUAUAGGCGGUGGCCUCGCUGGUUUGGUCUACGGCGAUAUCUUCAUUGGCUCCUACGAAUCCCUUCCUGCUUCCGAAGAAUAUGCUUAGUAGGUUUUUUUUAACCUUUUUUUGUUGUGGUGUUUGUAACUCAAUAAAACAAGUGUAGAUAACAAAUCCCGCCGUUUGUUGUUGUUUUGUUUUA